AAACAAACGUUUCUACUGAAAGUUUUCUCCGGUGCUUCCUCCGUGUUCAUCCAUGAUAAAUCAGCCCAGAUUCGGGAUCAAUGGCGUCCUGUGUCACCGAGUGGAUCACAUCGUGCUUUAACAUCAUUCUGUCGGCCACAGCUCUGUACUCGUCUUACAAACUCUUUAAGAACCACAGGGGUCCUUCAGUCGGCCUCUUCCUGCUCGGCCUCUCUGCAGCUCUUUGCCUCCUGCCUCCCUGCGGCUCCAACCUCAGCUCCCUCCAGAGGGAAGCGGAGUGGGCCGGCGAGCUUCUGGCCCCGGCGCUGGUCUCCUUCGACUUCCUGUGGCUCAGCCAGGACCACAACACGGCCCACGUCCUGCUGUGUGGCUCCUGCCUGCUUCUCGGACUCUCUGAUUGGCUCUCGGCGGACUCUCUGACCGUCAUGACUCGCUGCCUAGGCCUGUCGUCUCUGUCCUGCUGCCUGACGGUGUGCCUGUUUGCCGGCAAUGCUUUAGGGGCUUUGGGCGGCGUGGGCCUCAGCCUGCCUUUACUUGUUGCUCCAGCGAACUCUUUAGCGCCGCUCAUUUCAGCAGCUGCCACAGAAGGACUGAUGAAGUGGCUUUUGAAAGGGUCGAUGUCAAUUGGCUGUUGGGCCUCGACGCAGGCUCUGGGGAAGUAUCUGCUGGAUGUGACUGACCGUUGUGACAUUUAGCUAAGUGACAAAUGCAGAAGUUUAACGUGCCUAUUAACUCAAAGCUUGUUCUGCUUUCGAUGGCAGCUAUGAUACAUAGGUGGAAGAUGCUGCCCCUGACGAAAAGACAGGAGGCAGAGUUUGGAGAUGCCUGAGUAGAAAACGCUCAGACCUGGAGGGGUGAGGACAGAUAGGAUCAAGAAUCAGCUCAGGGUUAAUGAUGCGUAAGAGAUGCUGAGUAUAUUGGGAGAAGGAUGCUGAAGAUAGAGCUGCUGAAAGAAGAUGAUUAGCUGGUUUCUCAAAUGUCAUGAUUUCAGUUGAAUUAAAUGUGUUUCAUGAGUUUUAAACGGAUGUUCUGACAAACUAAGCAAAUUGAAAAUGACACUUUGCAGAGAAAUUGUGGCUCCUAAUUUUUUUUUCUCAUUUUCUGAUAUUAAAUUGACUAAAUAAUUUCUCAAACAAAAACACUACAUGGAUAGGCUAUGCUGCACCAGUUGGGAGCUAUUUGAAUAAACACUGACACUGUGAGAUUUGUACUAUAUGAGAACACUACAGGAGAUUUCACCAGAUGACUUGAAUAAAUCUAUUUGGAAAGCAUUUAUCGUUCAAGAA